UAUCUCCUUUAUUACAAAAAGCAACCCAGUUGGCCCUCUCAACCCCUCCAACUGCAAAGCCAACUAACAUUCUUUUUCUUGUUCAAUUUGUUUUGAUGGAGGAGGAGUCGUCAUCUAUGAAUUCAUCUAUAAGCAAAGAUGUUGUCUCUUCUAAGAGAAUCACUCACAACUCUUGUGAAGAGAGUGGUUGGACAGCUUAUUUUGAAGACUUAUCAGAUGAUCAUCAGCACAGUAAUUUUUCCUCGUCAAACAGUCUUGGUAGCUCUUCUAUGGUCUCUGAUGCUUCUUCUCGUCCUGCACUUCUGAAAUCAUGCAAGGAACAUGGCGUUGAUAAUGUUCCAUAUUCUUCAAUGCCCAAGAAAUUAAAUUUCAAGAAAUCAAGAGCUAAGGAGAUUUCUCAUGUUGAUUUGGAAGACACUGCUAGCUCUCCUGUUAAUAGUCCCAAGGUUAGCGAUCCUAGACCGGCUGAUUCUAUGAAUCCCAGAAAGGCAGAUGACCAUAAUAUGUGUAGUUCUCUGGGUAAGGGAGGCACUUCAGAGGAAUUUUCGGGUCUACAGGAAGGGACAACGUGUGAAACGAAUAAUGGCUACAAAAAUUUGAAGAAGAAGGGGCUGUGUUUGGUUCCUAUGUCCUUUUUAUUUAACUACCUUGGUUGAAACCUCGUUUUACUUUUUAUUAUAUAUAUAUAUAUAUAUAUAUAAACUGUCAUAACCUAUAUAUAUGUAAAGGAUAAUGUUUGAGACCCCCAAAAAGUGACCUCAAAAGACCCCAUUUAAUGUGGAGUGUUGGAUGUGAAGUGAGUCAUAUAUGUGUAUUUUUAAUCAAUGGCCACAUAGAUUUGGGGGACGUUGCGAUCAUAUUUUGGAAGUCUCUAGCAUUGGUCAUAUGUAAAUGUAUAUGUAUAUUCUCUCAUCAGGCGAUGAUGAUCCAUGCAUAUAUAUUGUCAAACUCCAUGUGUAAUGAAAAAUUCUAUUUGUCAA